AUGAACUUUAUAUUUAUAUUUUUUUUGCAGAAAGAAGUAAUUGACAAUUGUGUUGUUGGAAUGGUUUGUGUUGCAAAAUACAGUGAAGAUGAUAGUUGGUACCGAGCCAAAAUUAUCAACACAUUCCCACCCAAUACUGUAGAAGUAUUUUUUGUUGAUUAUGGUAACAAAGAGACUACAAACAAAUCUAAUGUAAAGAAAAUAUCUUCAGAAUUUUUAAAUGUGUCUUUUAAAGCUGUGGAAUGUUCAUUGGCAAAUGUUGAUCUUAGAAACAUUGUACCAGAGAUGAUAAAAAAGUUUAGGGAUCUUGUUUUAAAUAAUACUUUUACUGCUGUUUUUAAAGGUGUAGAAUCUGGAGUAUACAAGGUGGAACUUCUUGAUAGUGAAGAGAAUAAGAUCAGUGAAAAAUUUCAAAAUUUAAUGAUUAAUGAAAGUGUUACAACAACAAAUCUUCAUGUUAAUUCUGAAGAAAACUGGAAUGAAAAUUUUGGAGUUGAUGAAAAUAAGAAUUCUUCAAACUAUGAUAACUGGAAUGAUAAAAAUGAUAAAUAUGCAUGUAAUGAAUGGGAAGAACCAACUAAAACUACAACGAUGGCAAAUAAUUCUCAUAGUUUCUGGAAUGAUGAAGCAGAACCUGCAGUUGAUUCUUCAAAAUUUUCAUCUAAAAUAAAAUGUACUUCACAUAAUUUGUGGAAUGAUGGUCUAGAUUCUGCAAAUGAUUCCUCAAAGUUUUCGUCUAAUGAAAAUAAAUUUUCCUCAGAUUGGAAGAAGUCGAAAACUGAUGAUACUAGAGAGAAGAGAUUUUCUAAAUAUGAUAAAUCAAAUAAUUUUAGAAAUGAGCCAGAUGAAAGAAAGAAUAAUUCUUGGUCAAAAGGAAAUACUUGGAACAAUGGUGGACUAAAGUCUGCACAGGAAAGAAGAGGCAAAUCAAAACCGGAUCAGUGGCACUAUAAUGAUCAUCAUGGUUCUGGAGAUGAAUCUACUUUGAAUUCAAACAACAGGAAAGCAUACAAAAAUGAAAGAUCACCUAGAUCAACAAAUCAAGAACAACAAGGUUCUUUAGAAAAUUUAACUGAUUUCAAAUACAUUGAAAUCACAAUUGGUGAUUUUAGGUAUGUUAAUGUUCCUAAUGUGGUGAAUCCUAAUGAAUUUUAUUGUAGAUUUAUGGAUGACAAUAAUGAAUUAUUGGGAAUGACAGAGCAGCUUGCACAGUUUUAUGAAAACAUAAAUUAUGGUGAAUAUAUUUUAGAAAAUAUUCACAUAGGAAAACCUUGUUGCAUCUUAUCCAAAGAUAAUAAUUGGUGUAGAGGUAAAAUAGAGAGCAUUACUGUAGAUAGUGCUAAUGUCUUUUGUGUCGACUAUGGUUGUUUUGAAAAUGUUUUAUUGAAAGAUAUUAAAGUUUUAAAACCAGAAUUUCUGAAAGUUCCAAUGCAGAUUUUAAAAUGUAAUUCUCAAGGUAUACAAGCUAAAGAAUCAUCUUGGAAUGAAGAAGAUAUCAGUUUGUUUAAAAAUAUGACACAAGAUAAAUGUUUCUUGGCACAGUUUUUAAAUAAGCAUAGUGAAAAUACUUAUUCAGUAACUUUAUUAUCUGUAAAUGCAUUGACAGAAGCUAAUGUUAAUAAAGAAUUUUUAAAGACUGGCCAUGAUAUAAAGGAGCCUCAAGAUAGUGCACCAUCUUUGAAAUUACCUUAUUCUCUUUCUGUUCAAACAGAUAUACCACAUGCAAUAAUAAAAAUAGGAGAUAGAUUAGAAAUUACGGUUACUUGGGUAUUUACAGUAGAAAGGUUUUAUUGUCAACUGACAUCAUACAGUUCAGAUUUUGAGGAAAUGAUGGUCUCUGUUCAAAAAACUUAUAGUAAAAUGCAAGAAUUAGAAGCAGUUAUUGAAAAACCAAAUGUUGAUUUAUAUUGUGUAGCUCAGUUUAGUGAAGAUAAAGCUUGGUACAGAGCAAAGAUUGUGUAUGUAGAAGGAAACAAAAUUGGUGUUCGUUAUAUAGAUUAUGGCAAUGAAGAAGUAGUGGGUAGAAAAAGAAUUAAAUAUAUCCUUCCACAAUUUGCAUCGCUUCCAAUUCAAGCCAUUAAGUGCCAGUUGAAUGGCAUUAAAUGUCUUGAUUACAAAGUGAAUGAAGAUCUUGUACAGAAAUAUUUUGCUGGAAAAAUUAUGUGUACUUUCAAUUCUUUUAUUGAUGAUAUAUAUGUAGUGGAUCUUGAAAGUAAUGGUAAAAGUAUAUCACAGUUAUUAAUUAGAGAUAGAUUGGCUUCUCCAUCAGAUGAUUAUAUACCACCAACAUCAGAAGAACCAGUCAGAAUAACAUUUUUAAAUGCAGAUCUUUCUCAUAAAAUAAAUAAAUCAAUGGAUGUUUUAAUAUCAUAUGUAGAAAGUCCAUAUAAAUUUUGGUGUCAGCUACUUGAUGACAGUGAAAAGUUAGAUGAAAUCACUAACAGUAUAACUACAUAUUAUAAUGAAUUAUCUGAUGAUUCAGAAAAUUUAACACAGUUUCAAAUAAACACAUUAUGUAUAGCAAAAUAUACUGUUGAUAAUGAAUGGUAUCGUGCAGUUAUAAAAAGUUGUGAUGCUGAUCAAGCAGAAGUAAUGUUUAUUGACUAUGGAAAUAGUGACAUAGUACCUCUCUCACAGAUUAAAGUUAUUACAGAAGAUUUAAGUAAUAUUCCAGCUCAAGCAGUUGAAUGCUCAUUACAUGAAAUUCCACCAUCUCUAUCAGAGGAUGAGCAGAAAAAGUUUGUUGACUUUACAAGUGAAAAUGAAAUAAAAAUGAUUAUCAACAAAUGCAAUGCAGAUGGAACUUUAGUAGUAACAUUGUUAACGAGUUCUGAAACAGAAGAAAUUAAUGUUGGUGAAAAAUUGUAUGGAGAAUUAAUGCAAGAUGGAGAAGUUUUUCCCUCAAUGCCAGAUUCACAUGAAAGUGUGCCAGGAUAUGUGACAUCAGUAAACAGCAUAUCUGAAUUUUUUGUUCAGCUCUCUUCUAAAGAUGAUGAUUUAUCUAAAUUAAUGGCAGAUUUAACAGAUGCAUAUGCUUCACUUUCCACAACAGAUCUAGCUCUCAACACCAUUACCCAGAAUAAGAUUUAUUGCGCUAAGUAUUCUGAAGACAAUAAUUGGUACAGAGCUGUAAUCAAAGAUGUAAAUGGUGAUGACGUUACUGUCUUUUUUAUUGACUAUGGAAAUAUUGAUGUCAUUCCAAGAGAAGAUGUCAAAAUUUUAAAAGAAGAAUUUUGCAAAAUUCCAUCAUUUUGUUAUAGAUGUCGUCUAGCUUACAUUAAACCUAUUGAUGACGAAUGGUCUACUGAAGCAAUAGACUGGUUUACAACAUAUAUAUUGGACAAAACCUUAAAUAUUUGUUUUAAACAUGAAGAGAAUCCAUAUCCAGUAAUGAUUUUAAAUGAAGAAAAUGAUAAUAUUUCAGAUUUGUUAAUACAAGAGAAGUUUGCAGUUUCUGCCGAUGAACUUUUUGGUGAUGCAGUUUCUGCCAACGAAGUUAAUGCUGAUGCAGUUUCUGCCGACGAAGUUAUUGCUGAUGCAGUUUCUGCCGACGAAGUUCCUGCUGAUGCAGUUUCUGCCGACGAAGUUAUUGCUGAUACAGUUUCUGCCAACGAAGUUAUUGCUGAUGCAAUUUCUGCUGACGAAGUUCCUGCUGAUGUAGUUUUUGCCAAUGAAGUUUUUGAUCAUUUUGAUUGGCAUAUUCCAGAUAAUAAAUCAGGAAGUGAAAGUGAUGAAGUUGUUCAUCUUGAAGAUGGUACAUUUCCUAUAAUUCCUAGAUACAGACCAACUGGAACAGUACGUGUUAUUGUUUCUCAUGUUGAAUCAGCUGACAGAUUUUAUGUUACACCAGUAAAUAAACUUGACAAUUUGGAAAAGUUACAAGAAAAAUUGCAGGCAUUCUAUGAAAAAGAACAUGAGAAACAUGAGAAUAUCGAGCGAAUUUUAAUGUUUCAGCCAUGCGUUACAAAAUUUAGUCUCGAUGAAAGAUGGUACAGAGCAGAAAUUAUCCACCUUUCAGAAAGUUCUGUUACUGUUAAGUUUGUUGAUUAUGGAAAUUCUGAAACAGUUACAAAAGAUGAUUUAAGAAAUAUGCAUAAAAAGUUCAUCUCUGUUCCUGCUUUUUCCUUGGAAUGUUCACUUGCAGAUUUAACUGCAAAUUCUGAAAAAUUAGAUGAAGCUAGAACUCUAUUAGAAGACUUAAUAAAUGAGAAAGAAAUUGAUAUUACAAUAAUUAGUAAUGAACUACCUUUAUCUGUUUGUAUCAUUUCAGAUAAGGAAAAUAUUUACAAUCAGUUAACAGAAAGUGGUUUAUACACACAUACUCCACAGCCAGAAAAAGUACAGUAUUCAUAUAUCAUCUUACCUUCCGAUUGUAAAAUUGAGGUUAUAAUUUCACAUGCAUUAUCACCUUCACAGUUUUAUGUUCAGUUGCCUGAAAAUAAAUUGGAGUUAGAUACAUUCAUGACAGAUAUUUUAAACAAAUAUCAAAGUGAACAGCCUACUUUAGAAGAAUUUGCGGUCGGUGACUUGUGUAUUGCUUAUUACUCUGUAGAUCAAGGAUGGUACAGAGCAAUGAUUACAGCAAUUCAAGAUGAUGAUUAUGUGAAGGUUAUUUAUGUAGAUUAUGGUAACCAAGAAGUUGUUCCAAAAGAUAGUAUCAAAGAAAUUUUGCCUGAAUUUAAAGAUCUUCCAUUUCAGGCUGUGAAUUGUAGUUUGACAAAAAUGCAUGAUGACAACUGGGAUGAAGAACAUUGCUUGAUGUUUCAAGAAAUGGUGGUAUCAGAUGAAAAAACUUUUGAACUAGAAUGUGUAGCAAACCACAUCACUUUUUAUGAAGUUAAACUUUUAGAUAAUGGAACCAAUAUUACUGAAAUUUUAAUUGAGAAAGGAUUGGUAUCUGCUGCAGAUCAGGAAAAUAUUAAAAAUGUUUCUGAUGAUGAGAUGGUAGAAAAUAUUGAAGAACAGUACAUUGACAAUACGUCAAAUGUUCAAGUUUUGGAAAAAGAUUUAUCUGUUAUUUCCGAGGAAUCUAUUAACAGUAGUGUACAGCAAAAUGAUUCAGAGUUUUCUACUAAAGAAGUGAUGUCUACUCCAGUAAGUAAACAUAAGCCAGAAAUGAAAUAUAUUCCUGAAGAUAUUUCAGCAGUUGAUUCAAACAAUGAUCUUUCUCAAUUUCAAGAACUUGAUACCACUUUUUAUACGUCUGCAGAAGAUACAAGUGAUUUCAUUAAAUCUGAAAAUAUACCUUUAAAUCAACCAUCCAAAGUUGAAAUUCAAAGUUCUGUUCAACAAACAUUGACUGAUGAAACAAAUGAUAGAAAAAUUGAAGAUGAUGAUGUAAUAUCCAAAGAUAAAGAUGAUUAUGAAGCAGAAGAAUGUUCAAAAGAUUUUUAUGAAAACACUGACGACAGUUGCAAAUAUGAAGCAGAGUUAACAUCUGUUAGUGCUAAGAAAUAUGACGAGGAUAUAAUUGAUGAUGUGAUGGGUAGUGAAAUGCCCGAAAUGCUUUAUGAAAUGAAAAGUGAUGAUAAAGGUGAAACUGAAAUACAAGAAUCGUUUUUCAGCGUGGAAACUUACGGGGACGAUAAAAUAAUUAAUGAGGAGAAUGAUUUUGCUGAUAACUCUUUUCAAGAUUCCGAAACAAACUUUAUAUCUGACUCAAUAAGAGCAGAUACUGGAAUGUGUUUAAGUAGAAUAAAGUUAGAUAAAGAAUCGGAAGAUGAACAGAUGAUUGACAUUCCAGCAGAUACUUUCCAUUCUAAAGAAGUAGAUUUGUUGGAUCCAAUAGACUUGAAAAAUAAAACUGAUGAUACAAAUUUUCAAGACUUUUCCUUAGAAGAGGACUUUCAAAAUGAUAAAAUUCAAGAGACUACUUCAGAUCAAUAUUUAUAUAAGGCGGGAAGUGUCGUUGAUAUUAAAAAAGAAGACUGUAUUGCAAAAUCUUUGUCUACCAAUUCUGAGAAAGCAUUGUCAGAAGAAUGUAGAGAUUUAAACAACAGUUCGCCUUCAAGUGCAUAUAGCUCAGAAGGACAAGAAAUACCCGGAUCUUGUAAAUCACCAGAGGAAAAGAUUGUCCCGGGACAAAUUUCUUACGUUAAUUUGUCUGAAACAGAGUCUUGCGAAAGGCUCAAAGAACAAUUUUUGAAAGAUGGCAUCAGUACUCAGGAUACAGGAACUGUUUCUCCAUCAGAUUCAAAGGAAUUGGUUAGUGACGGUCCAAGAAAAUCAUCACUGGAAGAGAAAAUUGUCCCAGGACAAGUAUCUUAUCUUGGCAAGAAUGAGUAAAGUGCCUAGAGAAAGUUAUUUUGAUUUAAAUAAUUUAGAAAAUGUUCUAAACUAUUUGAUGUACAAACCAAUGUUUAAAAUUUCAUUAUUGAAUAUUUCAGGGAAUAUGUUUGUUUAUUUAUUUAUACAUUUAAAUGUAUAAAUUGAAUAAAUCUACACAAAACAAUUUUUCCUUUUCUUUAUUUCUAAG